CCAUGCCCAUCCAUAGAUCGUGGCCUACUCCGUUGUAUUUUGCUCCCCAUCUUCUUUUAACCUCCUUCCCGUGCUUUGUAGCAAAGACGAAAGAGACAUGUUAAGAUCCGAAGAGCUCCCAGAUUGCUUUUACAAGAAGAAGCCAACCUUAAUCUAUCCAAACUCCGCUACCCCAAACCAUUCUCUCUAUCUGUCUAACCUUGAUGAUCAAAAGUUCCUUAGAUUCUCCAUUAAAUAUCUCUACCUUUUCCAGAAAGCUGUUUCCCUAGAUAUCUUGAAAUAUUCCCUCUCCAAAGUUCUCGUACACUACUACCCUUUAGCUGGGAGGUUAAGAGCUUCCAGCCCCCACGAUCACAAACUCCAGAUUGAUUGCAAUGGCCAAGGUGCUGUUUUUGCCGACGCUUUCAUGGACAUCACUUGUCAUCAGUUUCUUCAGCUUUCCGGGAAACCAAACAGGUCUUGGAGAAAGCUCCUUUACAGUGUUGAAGCCCAUUCAUUCCUCGACAUCCCUCCCCUAGUCGUUCAGGUAACAAAUCUCCGCUGUGGAGGUAUGAUCCUCUGCACCGCGAUAAAUCAUUGUAUAUGCGAUGGUAUAGGCACAUCCCAGUUCUUGCACGCGUGGUCGUAUGUGCUCACCAAACCCAAGCUCGAUUUUACCUUCUUACCCUUUCACUUCAUCCAAGUGUUGAAAGCCCGAGAUCCUCCCCAAAUAACCCACACAAACCUCGGCUAUACCAAAACUACCCUCAAAGACAACUACACCCACGUGGACAUCAACCAGUAUUUACAGUCACAACCACUGGUGCCCACGUCGCUUACCUUCACCCCAACCCACAUCCUCUGCCUCAAACGGCAGUACUUUCCGUCCCUCAAAUGCACCCACUUCGAGGCAUUGGCCUCGCACACGUGGCGAUCGUGGGUUCAAUCCCUGGACUUGUCGCCUCCGUCGCUUAAGGUCAAGCUCCUGUUUUCCGUCAACGUUAGAAAAAAGUUAGUCCCGGAAUUGCCACAGGGGUAUUACGGGAACGGGAUUGUUCUAGCUUGCGCCGAGACCGUAGUAAAAGACUUGGUCAACGUGAAUUUAUACCACGCGAUAAAGUUAAUCCAGCAAGCCAAAUCGAGUUUAACCGAUGGGAAUGUGAGGUCAAUGAUUGAUUUGUUGGAGGAUAAGAAUGUGAAAACGGAUACUUGUUCGAGCUUGGUGAUUUCUCAAUGGGCAAAACUGGGAUUAGAGGAUUUGGAUUUUGGGGAAGGUGAGGCAUUGCAUAUGGGACCCUUGACAAGUGAUAUUUACUGCUUGUUUUUACCGGUGGUGGGUAAUUUUGAUUCGGUAAGAGUGCAAGUAUCAGUUCCAGAGAGCGUAGUUGAAAAGUUCGAGUAUUACAUGAUGGAUGGGUUGGAUAAAGAAGAUAAAUGA